CUCGCCGUUAUAAUCUUGGCCCGACGAUGGCUAUGACUUUAAUAUCAGCUAGGUGCCUGCUCGAGUGUCACACAGUCAAUUGUCUAGCACGUUGAAGUUCACUAACUCGAACAUGACUGACGCUGCAGAUAUCGCUAUCGUGUCAUUUGACAAGUUCAUCAACGGCGAUGAUGCGGAUAAACGCGCGGUUGCGAAGCAACUGUAUAACGCGUUCUCAACCGUGGGAUGGGUGUACGUGAAGGAUCAUGGAAUUCCACAGGAGAGGGUGGACGAGAUCUUUGGGCUCGCGAAAUCUUUCUUCGAUCUUCCGUUACAGCAGAAGAUCACCUGGCGCCUCCAAGAUGCCGAGCUAAACCAAGGCUACACAGGUGAUGGGGACGAAGCCAACGGCGGCGUCGAUCACAAAGAAUGCUACGAGCACCGCCGCUUCAGAAAUCCAUCCUGCCCGACCGACUCUGAGCUUCCAGGUUUCCGAGAGACUAUUGAUGAGUUCUAUGGGCAAUGCUACGUUCUUGGUCUCAACGUCCUAAAGUGUCUCGCAAUUGCCAUGGAUCUUGGCGAAGAUUUCUUCACAGGCAUCACAAAGCAAGCGGACCCGCAACUCCGUCUGAUCCACUACCCGGCCAUCGAGAAGAAGAUUGUCGAGCAAGAAGGCCACGCGCGUAUCAUCCCUCACACAGACUUUGGACUCUGCACCUUGCUAUUCCAAGACUCUGUCGGCGGUCUCGAAGUCGAUCCUUUCCACACCGGAGAUUUCAAAGCUGCGUUGCCCGUCCGCGGGACCGUUCUCAUCAACAUCGCCGAUCUCUUACAACGUCUCACGAACGAUCGCUGUCGAAGCACUAUACAUAGGGUCGUGAGUCCGAAGACCUCGGGCGAUAUAUUGCCGUCGAGGUACUCCAUACCAUUCUUUAUUCAUCCCGAUCCGGAUGUACUCAUCGACCCUGUGAUAAAAGAGGAGGGUGAAGUGAAGAAAUAUGAGCCGGUCAACGCUGGAGAGUGGCGGACAUGGAAUACACAGAAGAAUUACAAGAGUUUGCCUGUUGCUACAUAGGAAUGCCUGGAGGCCUUCGAAAUACAAUAAAUGCCUACACUAUCUGUUUAUAACCUAGCCUGAUUGCCUUCGCUGACCUUUCGCAACACAGAGGUACGUGUCAAACUGCAGCCUGUAUGCCAUCAAGUACUUCUGCAAGUGCAGGCUUUACAAUGCCCAGCAGGCGCAUCAUCAUCUCCAACCCCAGAAUCAUGCCCCAACCUGCUUGCUUCAAGAUAGCCGGGAGUUCGACAGCACCUUCUACUAGCAGCACAUCUCCGCCCC